AUGAAGUUACAACGGAUGAUAUACAAAGGGUGUUGUAUACUGUCCUUAUUAUGUCUGAUAAGGCCGUCCUUACCAUCUGCCAUUAAGGAUUCUGUAAAGUGUACCGAAGGUGCAGUGGCAAUCGAUGCCGAUGAUUGUGCCAGUUAUUUUCAGUGUCUCGAUGAUGAAACGGUGCACUUUAAUUGUCCAAAUGGAAGUUAUUUCGAGACGAAUAAUGAGAUAUGCGUGGUGGAUGAAUUUAAUGUCUGCCCAACGUCACGGAAAUGUUUGGAUGGAGAUAUCUUUGAGGACUCCAAGGAUUGCGCUGCCUACCUAAGAUGCCUUCAUGGAAAUAUAAAAAGGGAGAGGUGCCUAGAGGGAAGCUACUUUAAUGCGAUAUCGAAAAGCUGCCGUUUGGAUCGCAGUGGAUCCUGCACAGCUAAAAAAGAGAUAUGUGUGGAGGGAGAACUGCAAGCGGAUGCCGAUGAUUGUACAGGAUAUCUGAAUUGCAUCGGUGGAGUUCUGGUGAAGGAAAAGUGUCCGAAUGGCAGCUACUUCGAAAACAUUUUCAAACUCUGCCAGGUGGACGAAAAUGGUGUCUGUUCAUCAAGUGGGUGCACUGAAGGAGAAGUCCAGGUCGAUCCCAAUAACUGCGCUAAUUAUCUCAAUUGUCAAAAUGGAACCCUGGAAACUAAGAGCUGUCCCAGUGGCACUUACUUUGCACCCACUUAUAAAACCUGCAUUGUCGAUUUGAAUGGAGUGUGUGUUGAGCCUGUUAAAUGUACAGAUGGUCAAACUCAGCUGGAUCCCAAUAAUUGUGCAGGAUACCUUAAAUGUAUUAAUGGAGAAAUGGUGGAGGAAAAGUGCCCCAGUGGAACCUACUACGAUCGAAAAUUGGACGCUUGUUUGGUGGACACUGAGGGUAUUUGUGUCACUAAGCUCCAACUUUGUACUGACGGAGUUCGUAAGGAAGAUCCCCAGGACUGUGCUGGAUACACUCAAUGCAUUCGGGGUAAAUUUCAAAAUCUCAAGUGCGCAUUAGGAAGAUAUUUCAAUGAGACACAAGGAGAAUGCCUCAUUGAUUUUGGAAGAGUGUGUGUAAAGCCCAGGAUGGAUAAUUACAAGGAUGAAGAAUCCACUGUGUCUGAUUUGCUGCAAUCUUCGGAAACCACUGCUGACGGUUUGUCCACUACAGAUUCUGCUCAGCCUAAAGUCACUUCACACAAGUCCUGUAUCUUCGACUUGAACGGACUUUGUGUGGCCCAACCUAUCAAAUUCACAAAAAGAGACAUAAAACUAAAUUCAGGUGACGAAUCUCAAUAUACGGAAACUACUAUUGCUGACCUGGAACGACAAACGGAAAGUACUACAUCCGAUUUAAAUAUUAAGACUACUGUUUCCGAUUUGCAAACCUCUGAUUCUACGGAGAGUUCUAUCGCUGACUUGCUGGAAUAUCGUUAUACAGAAACUACUGAUGCCGACUUGCAGCAAUCUACGGACAGUACUGUUGCCGAUUUACAAACUACUGAUUCUGUUUUACAAGUGUCCACUUCAGAAAAGUCUUGUAUCUAUGACUUGAAUGGUUUUUGUUUGGGGCAACCUGACGAGUUCGGAAUAUAUACGGAUAGUACUCCUUCCGAUUCCGAUCAAAAUGGGGAAAGUACUACAACCGAUCUAUAUACAGAGAGCACGGAGAGUACUAUCGCUGACUUGCAGGAAUAUCUAUAUUCUGAUUCUACUACGGAAAGUACUACUACUAAUGACGAUUUGCUUCAAACUACGGAAAGUACUACAACCGAAUUAUAUACAGAGAGUACAGUUGCAGAUGUGGAAACAACUACCCCUGCUUUACUGGUACAGUUACCCAAUUCCAGUUAUUUCUCGAAUGUUACACUUUGUAUCGAAGAAUCUAUCGAGGAAGAUCCCGAGGAUUGCGCCGGAUAUAUACAAUGCUUUCGAGGAGAGAUUAAUAAACUCAAGUGCGACCCAGGCAGAUACUUUAAUGUUACCCGAAAUUAUUGCCUAUUUGAUGUGAAUCAAGUGUGCAAUAAUCAAAAUAGUACAAGUAACCUUACUAUUACCACUGAAUUCAUUCCGGAGACCACCACUCCCUAUGACCCUUUUGCAAAGUGCACAGAGGGACGGCUUAAAGUGGAUCCCAAUAACUGUGCCGGAUUCCUUAACUGCUCGAAUGGAGAACUUAAGGCCGAAUAUUGUCCCAGUGGCUUCUACUUUGAUCCCAAUUUUAAAAAUUGUACGGUGGAUAUUAGGGCUACUUGUAUCACUAACAUUAAAUUUUGUACCGAAGGAGUUCGCGAAGAAGAUCCCAAUAAUUGCGCUGGCUACAGGCAAUGCAUUCAAGGUGUGGUCGGAAAUCUCAAAUGUCCUUUUGGCAAAUAUUAUAAUGUGGCCGAAAGAGAAUGCCUUAUAGAUGAGCACAAGGUGUGUGAGAAGACCGUAGUGGAUUCGACUGCUCAAGAAGUUCCCCUUGAAGAUUCUCCUCCGCCGAUGUUUUUGCCUGAUCCAACCUGCAUUCACUACGAGAAUGGAGUGUGUGCCGAUCCACUUCAGAAGUGCAUCGAAGGCCAGAUGAAAUUAGAUCCUAAUAACUGUGCAGGAUACAUGAAGUGCAGAUAUGGAGAACUAGUGCAGGAAUCCUGUCCCAGUGGCUCCUACUUCGAUCUCGAAACGCACUCCUGUUUGGUGGAUAGGAGGGGUUAUUGUGUCACAAAUAUCGAAGUUUGUGAGGAAGGAGCACUCGAAGAAGAUCCAAGGGACUGCGCAGGAUACAGACAAUGCAUUCAAGGUGUGGUCGCAAAUCGGAAAUGUGCUCCUGGCGAAUACUUCAAUGUGCCCCAAAGAGAUUGUCUUAUGGACGUUGAUAAAGUCUGUGAGCAGACAUAUUGGUAUUACUGACGUCGAUUUACAAUCUAGCAAUAAUAGUAGUUCUCUAGCCGAUAAGAUGAAUUUCAGUAAAGCUGAAAACAAAACCCCUCCAAAAAAAAAAAUGUAUAAAGUAAUGACUCGGAUAAUUCAAACCAAGGCAGACACUUUAACGCCUUGAUUAUAACCUAUAUAUAGACGAUUGAUUUCGCAUGAAUAAUAAAUAAGCUCAUACGAUAA